ACCACCGAAGCCGAUGUGAACCAUCAGUCGUGUAACGGCGAUCUGUUGGCGCUCAACACCGGCCACAACAACAACAGUAGUGAUAAUAAUCAUAACCGAAACACUCGGUGCUCAAUACCGUCGACCGCGUCGGCGGCCAGAGAGCCGUCGCUCAUCAAACGCCACAACUCUGUCGGGUGUAACUCAACCGCCAGUCCCGACGACUCAGUGACCAGUUUUCAAUCGCUGGAACGCAAGAACAGUAUUAUCCAUGAGAUCCGAGUGCUGUCGCCCCGGAACUCUCUGUCCGGUGUUUUUUACUCGUCGAGUGUCAUCAGUGUCCGCAAUCCGGUGGCCGUUUCGGCCGUCAACUCGUCCUUCAAAUUGGAUGAAUUGCCCGCACAGUUGGCCGAAUCGUUCAAAGACGACCGCCUGUUGGGCCCGUCGUUUCAGGCCAUCACCGGCGCCACCGAUGUCGGCGGUGAGGCCAACACCACUUUUAUCACCACCGAAGCCGAUGUGAACCAUCAGUCGUGUAACGGCGAUCUGUUGGCGCUCAACACCGGCCACAACAACAACAGUAGUGAUAAUAAUCAUAACCGAAACACUCGGUGCUCAAUACCGUCGACAGCGUCGGCGGCCAGAGAGCCGUCGCUCAUCAAACGCCACAACUCUGUCGGGUGUAACUCAACCGCCAGUCCCGACGACUCAGUGACCAGUUUUCAAUCGCUGGAACGCAAGAACAGUAUUAUCCACGAGAUCCGAGUGCUGUCGCCGCGGAACUCUCUGUCCGGUGUUUUUUACUCGUCGAGUGUCAUCAGUGUCCGCAAUCCGGCGCCCGUUUCGGCCGUCAACUCGUCCUUCAAAUUGGAUGAAUUGCCCGCACAGUUGGCCGAAUCGUUCAAAGACGACCGCCUGUUGGGCCCGUCGUUUCAGGCCAUCACCGGCGCCACCGAUGUCGGCGGUGAGGCCAACACCACGUGCAACAACGGCGCGUAUCUGUUGCCAAACUCAUCUCAACGCAAGUUUUUUGUCUACUUUGAUUGGACCGAAUGGAUGUCUCAGCGCGAAGAGUACUCCCUAUUCAUCCUUCCGCCGGACAAUCAGUUCCGACGCCACUGUCUGGCCGUCGCCGACAACACGUACUUUGAUUACAUAGUGUUGUUGUUUAUAUCGUUUAAUUGCAUAACUCUGGCGAUGGAGAGGCCAAAGAUCCCGCCCUGGAGUGCGGAGCGCGAGUUCUUAGGUGUGGCUAACUAUGUGUUUACCGUUAUAUUCGCGCUCGAGAUGGCCAUCAAAGUGACGGCCAAAGGUCUCCUCUACGGCAGUGACGCCUACUUUAAGAACGGCUGGAAUAUAAUGGACGGCAUUCUUGUCGGCGUUUCCCUCUUCGAUAUCGUGCUCUCGUUUUUUGCCUCAAAAACGCCCAGAAUUUUGGGAAUUUUACGCGUUUUCCGAUUACUCCGAUCCCUACGACCCUUAAGGAGUGCAGAAGGACCAAAAGCCAAAUAUGUUAGGAAUAAAACGGAGUGUAUGUCUGAUCCGAGAAAUCGAUGGCUUAAUAGGAAGUAUAACUUUGAUAACUUGGGACAGGCAUUGAUGUCGCUGUUUGUGUUGUCAUCGAAGGACGGAUGGGUUAACAUAAUGUACACGGGUUUGGAUGCGGUGGGUGUGGAUCAGCAACCGGUCGAGAACUUCAACGAAUGGCGUCUCCUGUACUUCAUAUCGUUCCUGCUUUUGGUGGCAUUCUUUGUGCUCAAUAUGUUUGUCGGAGUCGUUGUCGAGAACUUCCAUCGAUGUCGAGAGGAACAGGAGAAGGAGGAGAAGGCCUUUCGCGCCGCCAAACGCGCCCGAAAGCUAGAGAAGCGCCGCAAAAAGAUGAGAGAACCGCCGUAUUUCAUAGGUUACGGCCGUUUCCGGCUAUACGUGCAUAAGAUAGUGACCGGAAAGUACUUUGAUUUGAUAAUCGCUGCUGUGAUAGGACUUAAUGUGAUCACAAUGUCUGUCGAACACUAUCUCAUGCCUUCCCCAAUGAUUAGGCAUUCGGUUCCCAAUUAUAGCUAA